GCCCGGCCGCGCGGCUCCCGAUCCUCCUGCGCCUGUGCGACGGCGGCGCGUGCGGCUGCUCGGCUCUCCCGGCUGCCUGUGCCGCCAGCAUGGAGACUCGCCGAGUCCUGCGAAAGGACCUCCGCGGGAAGAAUGUAAAGAAAUUCAGAUAUAUGAAGUUGAUUUCCAUGGAAACCUCGUCCUCCUCUGAUGACAGUUGUGACAGCUUUGCUUCUGAUAAUUUUGCAAACACGAAACCUAAAUUCAGGUCAGAUAUCAGUGAAGAACUGGCACAUGUUUUUUAUGAGGACUCUGAUAAUGAAUCUUUCUGCGGCUUUUCAGAAAGUGAGGUGCAAGAUGUGUUAGACCAUUGUGGAUUUUUACAGAAACCGAGGCCAGCUGGCACUAGUGAACUGGCCAGUAUUUUUCAUGCCGACUCUGAUGAUGAAUCAUUUUGCGGUUUCUCAGAGAGUGAGAUACAAGAUGGAAUGAGACUGCGGUCGGGCCGCGAGCGCUGUGGGACCCGGAGCCAGGGCAGACGCCCUGGACCGCUGCGGGUGGCGCUGAAGUUCCCAACAAGAAAUGGCAGGGGAGCUAGUAAAAAAAAUGUGGCACCCCCCCAGCCCUCGGAGAAUUCUGCGACUGAUUCCAAUUCUGAUUCGGAAGAUGAAAGUGGCAUGAACUUUCUGGAGAGAAGGGCAUUAAACAUAAAGCAAAACAAAGCCAUGCUUGCAAAGCUCAUGGCUGAAUUAGAAGGUGUGCCCGGCCCCUUCCCUGGAAGACGGUCUUUCCCAGAGUCCAGCUCGAAGUCCAAGACACCCCGGAGACGCACAUUCCCCAACGUGGCAUCCAGGAGAAACCCAGAACGCAGAGCCCGUCCUCUGACCAGGUCACGGUCACGGACCCUUGGGUCCCUGAGCGCCUUGCCCAUGGAGGAGGAAGAGGAAGAAGAGGAGGAUAAGUACAUGUUGGUGAGGCAGAGGAAGCCCGUGGAUGGCUACAUGAAUGACGAUGACAUGCCAAGAAGUCGCCGGCCGGGAUCCAUGACCCUCCCGCACAUCAUCCGCCCGGUAGAAGACAUUACAGAGGAAGAGUUGGAGAACAUCUGCAGCAACUCUCGGGAGAAGAUAUACAACCGUUCCCUGGGAUCUACUUGUCAUCAGUGCCGCCAGAAAACCAUUGACACCAAAACCAACUGUAGAAACCCAGAAUGCUGGGGCGUCAGAGGCCAGUUCUGCGGCCCCUGCCUUCGAAACCGUUACGGGGAAGAGGUCAAGGAUGCUCUGCUGGACCCGAAUUGGCACUGCCCGCCAUGCAGGGGCAUUUGCAACUGCAGUUUCUGCCGGCAGCGAGAUGGGCGGUGUGCGACAGGGGUCCUGGUGUACUUGGCCAAAUUCCACGGCUUUGGAAAUGUGCAUGCUUAUCUGAAAAGUCUGAAACAGGAAUUUGAAAUGCAAGCAUAAUGCCUGAAAGAGUCCUGGAAACUCAGAGCGAGUUCCUCUCCUGUGAUGCACGUGCGUUCUGGAAAUGUCCAGGAAGGAGUUUGGCCUGUUCCACUUUGCCUUGCAGCCUCUGCCUCCCCUACCCUCCACCCAACCACUGACCCCUCUUUCUGAGGUCCUCUCCCACUAUGUAGUUUUGAUUGACAGUUGAAAGUGUGUUUGACUUAACUGCGGUUCACAUCUAUCCAUAAAACCCAAGCACUUAGAAGAAACACAGUAGUCAUGCUAACUGGAUCUCUUGAGUUCCAGGGAGCAUCCCCUUCUGGGGUUACACAGGCACAGCUGACAUGUCUGAUAGACCCAUGGCUCCAGUGUCCCAAUGCCAAGUGGAAGGAUCAGUUCAUUUGUUCCCUGUUUGCUUGUGCUGAAUUCCAGCAUCCCAAGGUUAGCUGGUGCCCAGGGCUUCACUGCAAUCAGAAGGCUUGUGGGAAGUGAUGCACUGUACUUCAAAUUGUUGAAGAACCACCUGGCCACCUUACAAUAGUGAAACUUCAGGAGCAGUCAACUUGAAUUGUUGGUAUAAAACUUCAGGAUGAUUGUAGUUGGCAAGGUUCCUUUGAGUUCAUUUACAAGGUCUUUCAAAUCAGUGUGCCGCCUGUUGUGUAUGGAAACUUGAUGGUAAUAAGCAGUAGCCUUUGGGUCCUAACAGUUUGAAAGGCAUCCUGAGGGAAGCAUGCGGUCCAGGCAUAGGUUGCAAGCACUUUUUUUCUGACAGUGAGAAGUGCCUUUUAUGAAGAUGGUUGGUUUUCUGGCAUCCCCUUCGGUUAAUUUUCUGAGCAGGCCUCAUUUUUCCUCGCCUUCCUGCUCUGGCCAUUCGGCAGUGGUGAGCUCUGAGUCUGCAGCUUCCUGUGCCCCAUCAGUGUUGGAUUCAUAAUUGGACCUUGAAUCAGUGUAAAUACGGUUUGUGAUCUCUGACGGUUUUAUACAAAGGUUUUUAUUUUAAUA